UGGGCUUGCAGACCUAUCGAGUGGAGCGAGGUGGCAGCAGGCAGGGCACACGGCCAGGGUGCCCAGCUCCCGGGGCUGCCUGCAGGGUGGGGCCGCUCCCUCUCCGUGCCUUCCCCAUCCCCAAAGAGGACACCCCUCCCUCCGCCCGGCCCGCUCCCCACCCUCGCCGCGGCGCCGCCUCCCCCGCCGCCCGCCCGCCCGCCCUGGCCCAGAGCCUCCCAGGCAGCCAGCGAACGAGGCGAGCGCUCUGGGAUGGGACUUGGAGGAGGCGGCGAAGGAGGAGACAGCGGCAGCGGCUCAGGCUUCUUCCCCGGCUCCCACGAGCGAUUCCCCGAGGAGAGCCACGGCUCUCGGAGCGGCGAGGAGGCCAACGAGGAAGACCCGGCCGGCUGCGCCCCUGCCUUGCUUCUUCCCAGGCGGCGGCGGCGGGGGCUGCAGCCUUGCCCCUCUUCUUCUUGAAGAUGGAAAAGAUGCUGGUGAGCUGCUUUUUGCUGAUUCUCGGACAGAUCCUCCUCCUCCCUGCUGAGGCCAGGGAGCGGCCUCCCUCGAGGUCCAUCUCCAGAGGGAGACACACUCGGACCCACCCCCAGACAGCCCUCCUGGAGAGUUCCUGUGGGAAUAAGCGGGCAGACCUGGUCUUCAUCAUUGACAGCUCCCGCAGCGUCAACACCCAAGACUAUGAAAAGGUCAAGGAGUUCAUUGUGGACAUCUUGCAGUUCUUGGACAUUGGCCCUGAUGUCACCCGGGUGGGCCUACUCCAAUAUGGCAGCACCAUCAAGAACGAGUUCUCCCUCAAGACCUUCAAGAGGAAGUCUGAAGUGGAGCGUGCCGUCAAGAGGAUGAGGCACCUGUCCACGGGUACCAUGACGGGGCUGGCCAUCCAGUAUGCCCUGAACAUCGCAUUCUCAGAAGCAGAAGGGGCCCGGCCCCUGAGGGAGAAUGUGCUGCGGGUCAUAAUGAUUGUGACAGAUGGGAGGCCACAGGACUCAGUGGCUGAGGUGGCUGCAAAGGCACGGGACACAGGCAUCCUGAUCUUUGCCAUUGGUGUGGGCCAGGUGGACUUCAACACACUGAAGGCCAUUGGGAGUGAGCCCCACGAGGAUCACGUCUUCCUGGUGGCCAACUUCAGCCAGAUGGAGUCACUCACCUCAGUGUUCCAGAACAAGUUGUGCAUGGUCCACAUGUGCAGCAUCCUGGAGCAUAACUGUGCCCACUUCUGCAUCAAUACCCCUGGCUCAUACGUCUGCAGGUGCAAACAAGGGUACAUCCUCAACUCGGAUCAGACGACUUGCAGAAUCCAGGAUCUGUGUGCGGUGGAGGACCACGGCUGCGAGCAGCUCUGUGUGAAUGUGCUGGGCUCCUUCGUCUGCCAGUGCUACAGUGGCUACAUCCUGGCCGAGGACGGGAGAAGGUGUGUGGCUGUGGACUACUGUGCCUCAGAAAACCAUGGAUGCGAACAUGAGUGUGUAAAUGCUGACGGCUCCUACUUUUGCCGGUGCCCUAAAGGAUUUGCUCUUAACCCAGAUGAAAAAACAUGCACAAAGAUAGACCACUGUGCCUCGCCUAAUCAUGGAUGUCAGCACGAGUGUGUUAACACAGACGAUUCCUAUUCCUGCCGCUGCCUGAAAGGCUUUAUCCUGAAUCCCGAUAAGAGAACCUGCAGAAGAAUCAACUACUGUGCACUGAACAAACCGGGCUGUGAGCACGAAUGCGUCAACACGGAGGAGGGCCACUACUGCCGCUGCCGCCGGGGCUACACGCUGGACCCCAACGGCAAGACCUGCAGCAGGGUGGAUCACUGCGCGGAGCAGGACCAUGGCUGUGAGCAGCUGUGUCUGAACACGGAGGAGUCCUUCGUCUGCCAGUGCUCCGAAGGCUUCCUCAUCAACGAGGACCUCAAGACCUGCUCCCGGGCGGAUUAUUGCUUGCUGAGCGACCAUGGUUGCGAAUACUCCUGUGUCAACACCGACAGAUCCUUCGCCUGUCAGUGUCCCGAGGGACACACGCUCCGCAGUGAUGGGAAGACUUGUGCCAAAUUGGACUCUUGUGCUUUGGGGGACCAUGGUUGUGAACAUUCAUGUGUAAGCAGUGAAGACUCUUUUGUGUGCCGAUGCUUUGAAGGGUAUAUACUCCGUGAAGAUGGGAAAACCUGCAGAAGGAAAGAUGUCUGUCAAGCAGUAGACCAUGGCUGCGAACACAUUUGUGUGAACAGUGAUGACUCGUACAUCUGCAAGUGCUUGGAGGGAUUCCGGCUCACCGAGGAUGGGAAACGCUGCAGAAGGAAGGAUGUCUGCAAAUCGACCCACCACGGCUGCGAACACAUUUGUGUUAAUCGUGGCAGUUCCUACAUCUGCAAGUGCUCAGAGGGAUUUAUUCUAGCUGAAGACGGAAGACGGUGCAAGAGAUGUACUGAAGGCCCAAUUGACCUGGUCUUUGUGAUCGAUGGAUCCAAGAGCCUUGGAGAAGAGAAUUUUGAGAUCGUGAAGCAGUUUGUCACUGGAAUUAUAGAUUCCUUGGCCAUUUCCCCCAAAACUGCUCGAGUGGGGCUGCUCCAGUAUUCCACGCAGGUCCGCACAGAAUUUACCCUGAGAAACUUCGGCUCUGCCAAAGACAUGAAAAAAGCCGUGGCCCACAUGAAAUACAUGGGCAAGGGCUCUAUGACUGGGCUGGCCCUGAGACACAUGUUUGAGAGAAGUUUUACCCAAGUAGAAGGGGCCAGGCCUCUCUCUGCACGGGUGCCCAGAGUGGCCAUCGUGUUCACAGACGGACGGGCUCAGGAUGACGUCUCCGAGUGGGCCAGUAAAGCCAAGGCCAAUGGUAUAACUAUGUAUGCUGUUGGGGUAGGAAAAGCUAUUGAGGAAGAACUACAAGAGAUUGCCUCUGAGCCCACAGACAAGCAUCUCUUCUACGCAGAAGACUUCAGCACAAUGGGCGAGAUCAAUGAAAAACUAAAGAAAGGCAUAUGUGAAGCUCUGGAAGACUCUGAUGGAAGUCAGGACUCCCCAGCAGGGGAACUGCCAAAGAGGGUCCACCAGCCAACAGUGCAACACAGAUAUCUGUUUGAAGAAAACAAUCUUUCACGGUCUACACAAAAACUUUUUCAUUCAACAAAAUCUUCAGGAAGUCCUUUGGAAGAAAAACCCGAUCAAUGCAAAUGUGAAAACCUUAUAAUGUUCCAGAACCUUGCAAAUGAAGAAGUAAGAAAAUUAACACAGCGCUUAGAAGAAAUGACACAGAGAAUGGAAGCCCUGGAAAAUCGUUUGAGAUACAGAUGAAGACUCAAAAUGCUCUACAUAUUUGUAAAUCAUUGAAUCAAGGAUUAUAAUGAAAGCAGUUCAGAGCCCCAAAGCUCAGGCUAUCGUUAAUUGUGUAAGGUUGUAAAGUAAAAUAUAACUAGUACUGAAAAAGCUGGUUUGCUAUAUACAACAAAGGCAAAAAGUAGACACUAACUUGUAUAAAUUUAUUGAGGAAAAAAAAUCCUUCAGAAUCUUAAAAUGAGUUUGCCAAGUGAGAACAAAUAAACUAUGCAAGAUAGUCUGUAACAUACUGUGGACCUGUUUUGCUUUUGCCUCGUCCUGCCUUAGAGUGUUGCAAUCUGAUUUGACUACAAAAUAAAGUUUGCAGCCUUACUUGUGUAGAACACUGGCCAUAGGAAAAGCUAUUUUUUUUGUAUUAGACUUUACCUUGAUAUAUGUAUAUGGAUUUAUGCAUAAAAUCAUAGAACAUAUGUACUUGUAUAACAAGUUGGAUUUUUUUUUUACACUAUUAAAAUUCACUACUUCAGAGAA